UUUUGCGGCUUGAUUAACAACGAAGAUGUCAUAACCAGUUAGAAGGACUAUAGUAUUAACUAAAGAUUUAUUAGCAUAGAGCGCAAGCACCUGGCCACUUCCGGUGCACGUCCCUACAGAGCAGGUGCCUUCGUGUCGUCACUGCUUAGUAACAACUGCAAGGGAAAGAUUCUCUCAACUUGCUUCUUCAAAGGUUAUGUUGUACUUUUGACGUGGGACGUUUUUGGGUAACUCGGGGUGAAGCGAGCUGUUGGUGAGAAGCCGAGGAAGAGAGGAAGCAGGGGUCGAGGUCGAAAAUGGGCAAGAAAGUGGAGACAAAUCCAGACUCUCAGUACGGUGAGCCUGUACAGUAUGAUCCCACCUUUAAUGGCCCCAUAAGGAAGAGAGGGUGCACUGACAUAAUUUGCUGUGUGCUGUUUUUUGUGGUCAUCCUUGGUUACAUCGCAGUUGGGAUUUUAGCAUGGCUUUAUGGAGAUCCCCGGCAAGUUCUCUAUCCCAAGAACUCAACCGGAUGGUUCUGUGGCGUUGGACCGAAUAUAGACCGACCAGCAUUACUCUACUUUGACAUUGUCAAAUGUGCGACAGGUUUUAAUGUGAUGGCAACAGCUCUGAAUGGGUUACAGUGUCCAACCACACAGGUGUGUGUGAAAAAGUGCCCCACUGAGUUCUCUGCCGUAGGGCCGCUUGACUACCUUCCAAAUGUGAAGCCUGCAGAUGUUUUCAAUCUAAGCCUCUGUGCACCAUCCAUAGAUCCGUCAAAGAUUGACAUGACCGUUAAAGACAUUGUGGACAACGAACUGUGUCCUUUCUAUACAAUUCCCACAACCUCUGUCAUAGGAAGAUGUUUGCCUGAUCUCAGAGUACUUGAGAAUAUGCCAGAGGAUUUUUCCCACAUUUCUGGCUUGCCACCAUCUGUCAGCGAGACGAUCGACCUUCUGAAGAACGGCACUGGCACAUUGCCAGCUGCUUUGGACAUUUUGAACGGCUUCAAUGCCAGGGACAUAGGUGUCAGGAUCUUUGAAGAUUUUGCAUCAUCAUGGCCCUGGAUCCUUGUUGGUCUGGCAAUAUCAAUGGUGCUCAGUAUGUUGUUCCUUCUCCUGCUGAGAUUCAUUGCUCAGUUCGUGGUAUGGUUUCUUAUUGCCGCAGUACUCUGCACCGGGGCAUACGGGAUUUGGCACUGCUACUGGGAAUACGCUAACUACAAGAAUCUGUCUGCUUCCAUUACUGAUAUUGGAUUCACCACUAACUUCAGCUUUUACCUGAAAGUGCAAGAAACCUGGUUAGCCUUCUUAAUCAUCCUCUCUGUGGUGGAAGCAAUCCUGAUCUUGGUCCUCAUCUUUCUGCGAACUCGAAUUUUAAUCGCCAUCGCACUCAUCCAAGAGUCCAGCAAGGCCAUUGGUCAAAUGAUGAGCACCCUGUUUUAUCCUCUGCUCACAUUUGUUCUCCUCUUGGUUUGUGUGGCCUACUGGGGUUCGACUGCGUUGUAUUUGGCCACGUCGGGAGAGGCCAUCUACAAAGUGGUCGCUCUGAACUCCAGUAUGAAUGAUUGUCAGCUCAUCAAUGGCACUGUGGACUGUGACCCUCAGAUCUUCAAUGCGACUGAUUACCCAACCUGCCCAUCCGCUGCGUGCAUCUUUGUCAAAUACAACGACGAGGGGCUCUUCCAGAGGAACCUCUUCAACCUUCAGCUCUACAAUGUGUUGGCCUUUCUCUGGUGUGUCAACUUUGUCAUCGCGCUGGGCCAGUGCACGCUGGCCGGCACUUUUGCCGCCUACUAUUGGGCUUUUGUCAAACCAGAUGAUAUCCCCAUGUUCCCCCUGUACGAUGCCUUUGUGCGCACACUAAGGUACCAUGUUGGCUCAUUGGCAUUUGGGGCUUUGAUCUUGACCAUUGUGCAGGGAGUGCGGGUCCUCCUUGAGUACAUAGACCACAAAACCAGAUCGGCACAGAACCGUUGCACACGUUUUCUGCUAUGCUGCAUGAAGUGCUGCUUCUGGUGCCUCGAGAAGUUCUUUAAGUUCCUCAACAGAAACGCAUAUAUUAUGAUUGCAAUUUAUGGGAAAAACUUCUGUACCUCAGCCAGAAAUGCUUUCUUUCUGAUCAUGAGAAACAUUAUAAGAACUGUCAUUCUGGAUAAAGUGGCAGACCUGUUGCUGUUAUUUGGGAAGCUCCUUGUAGUAGGUGGAGUGGGGGUAUUAUCCUUCUACUUCUUCUCUGGCCGAAUUUCUCUGCCACACAGCACUGCACAGUCAGAGACCCUCAACUACUACUGGAUGCCAAUCAUUACGGUGGUUUUUGGAAGCUACCUCAUCGCUCACGGAUUCUUCAGUGUGUACAGCAUGUGUGUUGACACGCUUUUUCUCUGCUUCUUGGAGGACUUAGAGCGCAACAACGGCUCACAGGAGAAACCGUACUACAUGUCCAAAAACCUCAUGAAGAUCCUAAACAAAUCCAACAAAGUCCCUAAAAAGAGAAAGUGAUCUAAGCACAGCCUCUGCAGGAAUAAGUAUUCCAGACUGUUCUUUUCCCAUGUUUACCCCCUCCAAAAAUGCUGAUUUUGCACAUUUGAAUUAUUUUCAAAAGAUGAAUGCUCAUUACAGUAAUGUAUAUGAGAAAGGACUGAGCCUGUUAAUGUGAAUUUUCUUGAUUGACUGGAUCUUUUGUUCAUGAGUUGGCUCAUUUUUCUCUUAUCCCCUAUGAAUAUUUUAAUUGUUGCAAAUAUUACAUAGAGGAGCUCUAAACGUAAUUCCUUAGCAUGGGAUUUUUUGGGGGGAUAGUGUUUUGUGUAUAUGCCUGAUGAUCUGAUUUUUGUUCAUUUGUAAUUUAAAAAAAAGUCAAAUUUCUUCAAUGUCUUUCUUGUUUCUCAACAGUUAUCUGCAUUCACCAUAAACCCUUAAAAAAACCUCCAUGGCUAUGUUUGGAAUCAUACCAUUAUUUUAUACUCCCUAAUCACUAGAUUUGUAUUGUGGAAGUCAGUGAAAUGGCAUACUUUUGAGGACAGUAAUUUGUGUCAUUGCUGUUGAUGUUGUGUAUUUAAAAUUUGAAGAUAAAUACAUUUUUGUAUUUUAGGCUGCAUUGCUUUUCUACUGACCUCAAGUAUCAGUGCUGUAUUCUUAAAGCUACAUGGUGGAAUACAAUGAAGGCACUAUAACAGGAUAACCUAUUUUCACUCCACAGACACCACUAAAAUGGCAAACUCAUGAUAUCGGAAGUACACAAGAGUGGAUAAGGAAUAAAACCCAACACAGCUCAUGCAAUGAAAUGCGUAAGCUACAAGACUGAAUUUGUAAAAGCAGUCAUUGUUGGUUUGUUUACUACUUAGUGACCCAGAGAACAAUAAAACUUUACACCAUCAUCAUAUUAUUUAGGUGACGCAUUGAUUGUCAGAU